UUUUUUUUCAUUUGUUUCAAGUAUGUUUAUAAUUACUUGUUGAAAUAUUUUUAUGAGGGCUUCUUUAAAAUCCUUAUCAGAUAAUUCCAAUACAUGUGUCACCUCAGUUUUAGUAUCUGUUGAUUGGUUGUUUCUUCAUUUAGUUGAGGUUUUCCUGGUUCUUGGUUAUACAGAUGAUUUUUUAAUGUAUUAUAGAAAUAUUGGGCAUUAUGUUAUGAGACUCUUGAUCUUAUUUAAGUCUUCUCUUUUAGUAGGUGUCCUCUGGGCCAGUGUGGGAAGGGUGACUCUGCUGUGCUACUGCCAAGUGAGAGUGAAUUCCCAGGUUCCCUACUUGAACUUCACUAAUACUCUGUCAGGAGAGGAAGGCCUCAUUACCACAGGGUAGGGUUGGCAGUUCAGGUUCCCCAGUAGACCUCUGGUGAUACCACCUUGUCAGGAAGAGGGAGUGCCUCAUUUCUGUUCUCUAUAUUGUCUUCUCUGACACUGCCAGGUGGGUGGGUGGGGCCUCAUUACCUCUCAGAGGGGUGAAAGUCUUGGAUUCCCACUUGUCUUCCUCUGACACCAUAACUGUGGGGACUGGAGGAGUGUCUCAUUACUGCUAGGAAUGGAAAUCCAUCCUCCCCACUUGGUUUUCCCACACUAUUCAUUUGCAGUGUAGAGAGUACCUCCAUAUAGCCAGGCAAGAGUAGGAGUCUAGGCUACACACUGAGUCUUUGCUGAUGAGCCUUAGUUUGUUGUUGUUUUUUAAUCUGUGGUGUUUGGCUAGAGUAGGUUUUGUCUAAAAGUUAGUCUUUGUAGAUUGCCCUUUUCCUGGUCUUCUAGGUAGAGAGAGCAGACUUUUCUUUGGACUUUUUUGUGUAUAUUUGUUGGUGUUUCUGGGUUGUAGGCUUUUAGAGCACUUGGUCAGGGGUUUAUGAGGGGAAAAAAAUGACUCAGGAACUCACUGCUGUUUAGUUUCUUGGUUCCCAAGGUCCCUAGCCAGUAUGCCUUUUCUUCUUUACCUUUCAGAAUCUCCUUAUGUUUGUUUUGUGAAUAAUGUCUAUGGUUUGUGGAUGUACUUAGCAGGAUGACUCAGGACAAGUGCAUUACUCCAUCUUUCCAAGAGUGGAAGUCAGUUCAUUGAUUUUUAUGUAGAGGACUUUGUAUGUUAAGUAUAGUCUUAUAUGGUUUUUUUCAAUUAUAAUUACCUCAUUGUCCUUUGUAUUUUAACUUUUAAAGGUAAAUAUUUCAUUUUGAAUAUCAUGAAAGGUAUACCUGUAUUUACUGAGUCAAAUUGUUCUUUGAGUCUUCUUAGAAAAAGCAGCUGUCAUCUGUUCUCUUUACCCUUAAAUUCCAGCUUCUUAAAGAUAAUCACUGUGAACACAGUUUAAUUAAUUCUUUUAAUAUUUACUUUCAUAUAUCAAAAUAACAUGCAUAUAUUGGUACUUUUUGGCUUUUAGUUUUAAGCAGUAUCUACUGAGUUAACACAAUGAAAAAUAAGGAGUUAGCUCUCUUUCAGAUACUUAGACCCUCAACAUUCCCAUACACAUUUCUCUUUUACCCUUCUUCUAAUAUAUCAUAAUUUUGGGUAAAUCAAUAGGCUGUAUUAUUAUGAUUAAUUUAGUUAUCUUCAUAGCUGAGCCAUUUACUUGCCUUUUAUGCACUGCUUUAUGUUUUACCUAGAAUUAAUAGCUGUCUGGCUUAAUCAUUUGUUUCAUUUUCGAUAGAUAGAUAGAUAGAUAGAUAGAUAGAUCACUAAUUCAACUCCAUUCUUACCAAGCAUGUAAAUAAAUAUCUUCUUAAUAUAUUAAAUAGCAGUAACAAUAAUCACAAAUAUUAUAUGCCAUGCACUAUGAGCACUCUCUUUAUAUAUAUUAACUAAUCUAAUCACAACUCUUAUGGGCUAUCUAUAAUCAUUAUCCUUAUUUUACAAAGGAGAAAACAGGUGCACAAAAACAUUAAGUAACUUGCCCAAGAUCACACAGCUAGUAAAUAAUAAACCCAGGCAGUUUGGCUCUAGAAUAUAUGCUAUUCAAAGAAACUUCUCUUGGAGUCUUUAACCUGCUCAUAGCUGCUCUCUAUUUGAUACUUAGCUACUGAUGUGGGCUCUCCCUUCUACAUGAUACUAUUUGAGAAAUUCCCUUUGGAAUUUGAGAAAUUCCCUUCAUGUUUCUCAAAUGUUGGAUCUCUUUGUUUUCUAGCUUCUUCUUGAUUAUAUUUUCAUUUUUAGAGCAUAUUGUCCAGUAGCUUUCUAGAAAGCAUGUGUGAGAAGUAAAUUUUUUGAGACAUUGCAUGUCUGGAAAUAUUGUUAUUUUACCCUCACUAACUGCAUAGCUUGAUUGGUUGUAUAAUUCUGGUUUGUAAAUCAUUUUUACUCAGAAUUCUUAAGCCAUUUUUUUUUCACUUGUAGUAUCCUAUAUGCACAUUUCUCUGCCUUCUCUUACUGAAUGUGAUAGGAAGAAUAAUAGCCCAAUGGUAUCUACAUCCUAAUCCCUGGGAAUGUAUGAAUAUGUUACUUCACAUGGCAAAAAGGUUUCUCAGAUGUUCUUAAGUUAAGGAGCUGGGAAGAUUAGCCUGUAUCUAAUGUAAUCACAAGGGUUAUAAGUGAGAGAAGGAGGCCAGAGAAUUAGAGUUCUCUAGGAAGAGAUUCGAAGAUGCUACUCUACUGGCUUUGAAGAUAGAGGAAGGGGCUAUGAGCCUUAACAAGACUGGAUAAGGGAUUAGUGUCAUUCAAGGAUGUAACUAUAGACUUCAGCAGGGAGGAGUGGCAGCAAUUGGACCUUGCUCAGAAAAGCCUAUACAGGGAUGUGACACUGGAAAACUAUUUCAACUUGAUCUCAGUGGGUAAGCACAGCUCUGCCGGGUAUCUAACAGUCUGUACCUAAUCGAGUAUGUUUUGUUUCUCAGUAGAAUUUCUGAAAUCUGGUUUUUCUGAGGUAUAUGGAACUUCUAAAGACUGCAGGACAUCUGAAGAUGUCAAGUUCCCAAACCAGAAGUUAUCUUCAACUUGGAGCAAGGAGAGGAGCCGUGUGUGUUGGACGGUGGGCUCUCCUGUCAGAGCUAUUCAGAUGGGGAUAUUGGUUUUAAACUUUCACAACAAGAAAUGUCUGAAGAUGUUUCUUUCCAGUCUGAGAGAAUUAAUCUCUUCACAAGAAAAGAUCCAUAUUCCAUUUUAAAAGAAUUGUUGAAAGAUAAUAAACAGACAAGAAGAUAUGAGGAAAACCAGAACAAACCUUUAAGUCAUGUUGCCUUCAUCAACAAGGAAAGAGUAGCUAAUGAGAAGGACUGUAAAUAUAAGAACAUUGGAAAAAUAGUUCAUAUAAACACACACCUUGUUCCUUCAAGAAAAAGACUCCAUAAUGAUGACUCAUUUGGAAAGAACUUGUCACCUAUUGUAAGCUUAUAUAAUUAUAAUAGGAACAAUGCAACAGAAAAUCUUGAUGAGAUUGUCAGAUAUGGUGAUAUUUUUACUCAUAUGAAUUCUCAUACAGAAGUGAAUGGUUAUGAAUAUAAUCAAUGUAGGAAAUUUCUGAGUCAUAAGCAAUCUCUUAUUCAACAUCAGAAAGUUCAUACUGAAGAGAAUCUCUAUUUGUUUUCUGACUGUGUAAAAGCUUUCUCCAAGAAGUCACACCUCUUUGCACAGCAGAGUAUUUGCACUGAAGAAAAACAGUGUGAAUGCAGCAAAUGUGAGGCAGUCUUCACUCAGAAGCCCCAACUUGCUGCACAUCAUAGGGUUUAUGCAAGGGGAAAACCCUGUAUAUUCACUGAAUAUGGGAAGGAUUUUCCCCUCAAGUCAAACCAUCAGAAAACUCACAAUGGGGAGAAUUACUAUAAAUGCAAUGAAGAUGAAAGACCCUUUAUCCAGAAGUCAGAUCUGUUUGGAUGCCAGAGAAUUCAUACUGGAGGAAAACCCUAUGAAUAUAGUGAAUGCAGGAAAAACUUCUCUCAAAAUUCAGACCUCAGUAUAUGUAAAAAACAUCAUACUGGAGGGAAACACUUUGAAUGUACUGAAUGUGGAAAAGCCUUCACAAGAAAAUCAACAUUGAGUAUGCAUCAGAAAAUUCAUACAGGAGAAAAACCCUAUGUAUGUACUGAAUGUGGGAAGGCCUUUAUCCGGAAGUCACAUUUUAUUACACAUGAAAGAAUUCAUACUGGAGAGAAACCCUAUGAAUGCAGUGACUGUGGGAAAUCCUUUAUUAAAAAGUCACAACUCCAUGUGCAUCAGCGAAUUCACACAGGAGAGAAUCCCUUUAUAUGUUCAGAAUGUGGGAAAGUCUUCACUCACAAGACAAAUCUCAUUAUACACCAGAAAAUUCAUACUGGAGAAAGACCGUAUGUGUGUACUGAAUGUGGGAAGGCCUUUACUGACAGGUCAAAUCUCAUUAAGCACCAAAAAAUUCAUACUGGAGAGAAACCCUAUAAAUGUAAUGACUGUGGAAAAUCAUUCAUCUGGAAAUCACGGCUGAGGAUACAUCAGAAAUGUCAUACUGGAGAGAGACAUUAUGAAUGCAAUGAGUGUGGGAAAGCAUUCAUUCAGAAGUCAACAUUAAGUAUGCAUCAGAGAAUUCACAGAGGAGAAAAGCCCUAUGUUUGCACUGAAUGUGGAAAGGCCUUCUUCCACAAAUCACAUUUUAUUACACAUGAGAGAAUUCAUACUGGAGAGAAACCCUAUGAAUGCAGUGAUUGUGGGAAAUCCUUCACUAAGAAAUCACAACUCCAUGUACAUCAGCAGAUUCACACAGGAGAAAAACCCUAUAGAUGUGCUGAAUGUGGAAAGGCUUUCACUGACAGAUCAAAUCUCUUUACACACCAGAAAAUUCACACUGGAGAGAAACCCUAUAAAUGUAAUGACUGUGGAAAAGCCUUCACUCGGAAGUCAGGCCUCCAUAUACAUCAGCAAUCCCAUACUGGAGAAAGGCAUUAUGAGUGCAGUGAAUGUGGGAAAGCCUUUGCAAGAAAAUCAACACUAAUUAUGCAUCAGAGAAUUCAUACAGGAGAGAAGCCCUAUAUCUGUACUGAAUGUGGGAAGUCCUUUAUCCAAAAGUCACACUUAAAUAGACACAGAAGAAUUCAUACUGGAGAAAAACCCUAUGAAUGCAGUGACUGUGGGAAGUCUUUCAUUAAGAAGUCACAACUCCAUGAGCAUCAUCGAAUUCACACAGGAGAGAAACCAUAUAUGUGUGUUGAGUGUGGAAAGGCCUUCACCAUCAGAUCAAAUCUUAUUAAACACGAGAAAGUUCAUACUAAACAAAAACCCUAUAAAUGCAGUGACAUUGGGAAAACCUUAAACUGGAAGCCACAACUCCGUAUACAUCAGAAAUCGCACACUGGAGAAGUAGAGUGCCCAAUGCCACAGUUAUGGUGUGGAGAAGGUGACCAAGGCCAACUUUCUUCUAUCUAGUCAGAACUAUGAGUAUCUGGAUCACAUAGCUGAUGUCUGGUUAUAUAUAUAUAUAUAUAUAUAUAUAUUAGAUACUUUGAAAAGUGUUUAAGCAAUGUGUAGGGGUCAUGCUUGGUAACUUGGCAGAUACUGGGGUAGUUAAGCCCCUGCAAAUAAUAGUAAUUGCGCAAAGAGAUGACUUGCAGUCUUUCUUGUUUCACUUUUUGGGUAAGCAGCUAUAUACAUUUAGGGCUGUUGGGUUUUUCAUGCCCUGGGUAGCAAAACUGUUCAAUGUUGACCAAAUAAUUUCAUAAUGAGUAGAGUGUUGAGAAAAUUGUACAUUGUCUAAGCACCCUGAGGACACUGAAAGCAAGGGAAAAGGUAGGAAAAUCUGAUGAAUAAUGUAAAAAGACCAGAAGUUUUUGUGAAAAUUAACACUGAAGACACAAAGAAAGGACUCUUUUUUUUCUUUUCAUUAGAAAGUCACCUUAUUUAUUGUUUAUAGUAUUUAUUGGUUAUCAAUAAAUGUACUGGUUAUAUGCUGUUGCAGCAAGUA